AUGGGCUUCCUCGAAUUUAUAUCCGCUGUGUUCGGAUGGAUAUAUACGCUGGCAUGGUCGUUAUCAUUCUAUUCGCAACCGCUACUAAAUAUUCGGAGGAAAUCAACCUCCGGAACUACUGUAGAUUUCCCAUUUAUCAACACCUUUGGCUUUCUUGCCUAUCUCAUAUAUAAUGCUGUAUUCUAUUCAUCUUCAGUUAUUCGACAUCAGUACGCUUUACGGAAUAAUGACCACACGCCGACUGUCGCAGUUAACGAUAUUGUCUUCGCUGCUCAUGCACUUGUUGUCUGUUCGAUCUUAACUACUCAGUACUUCUUACCUGCUAUCUGGGGGUUUGAUCGUGCCCCUGGCACUCGCCCAUCUCAACUCAUAUUGGGUGUUGUAAGCGGGUCGUUUGUUGCUGUUGCUAUCAUCAUCUUGGUAGUGCUAUCCACGCCAUCAGAUGCAGACCCUAAGACUUCGUGGGCAUGGCUAGACGUUGUAUACACAAUAUCAUACGUCAAGCUACUCAUCACUCUUGUCAAAUAUGCACCACAACUGGUGUACAACUUCAGGAAUCACAGCACAAAAGGGUGGAGCAUCUGGCAGAUAUUGCUAGAUUUUCUGGGUGGUAUGUUGAGUAUCGCGCAGUUGGUGAUAGAUUCUUGGCUACAGGGCGACUGGUCUGGAGUCACGGGUAACCCAGUUAAAUUUGCACUGGGAAAUGUCAGCAUGCUCUAUGACCUAGUGUUCAUGACUCAGCACUACAUACUCUACCGUGACGAUGGUUCGGCGAAGAAUAGUGAGGAAGAUUCUCUUCUUGAGAGAGGCGAUGGUCGAAGAUUAGACUAG